AUGCCUGCUGGCUCGUGGGGGACGUUGUUUGGCUGUCCAAAGGACCCCCACGGUUACUCUCAAGAAUUCCGAGCGGCGAUGCUCAAGCUCAAGUCCAUGGGGCUGGGAGAUACUGGGAGCUGGCACAACAUGUGCGUUGCUGUGGAUUGGGGGGCGAACAAUGAGGUCACACCCAUCUACGGAACACAAGGAGUCCACAAGCAGAAGAAGAUGAAAAGUCCACCGGUGGCGGACCCCUUAUCCUGUCAGGUCGGACGUCUUUUCAACUUCCAGGCCCCUCCCGUUAUCCAGAUGAGCGCUUUACAGGACUGGUCCGUUGUGGUUGAUACGUGGCGACAAUCGACUAUUACGGCAAGUUUUGAUCAAGUUGUUCCUGGGGUAUUGCCACCUGCUGGUGUAGGUUUCGACAUAUGUCCCUGGUUGGUGGAGAACCCAGCUUUCGUUAGCAUGGCAUUACUCGAGGGACCAGCAUUUGCGAAGCCUGCGUUCACGGAUAUCACCUCGGCGCUGGCUCAGGCAGAAUUGACGUCUCCUGAUGUGGAGUUGCAAAAUAAUUCUUGCGAAGAUGCGAAGGAAUGGGACGAUAUUUGUUGCAUGGACCGCUUCCUUACCGCGUUGGUGUGUGGAUUCUCGCUGUGUGAGUUGGCAAUUGGAGACCUGGUGCUUACACCGGUGGAGCGACGUGGAAAGAUUCGAGCGCUCAAACUCACCCCCUACUGGGACUCAAAUGAGCUCUUCGCGCGCGCGAUGUCUGCUGUAGCUCAAGCCACGUCCACUAGAAAGCUCGCAAUCAGCAUCGAGGGUGGUCUUGGCGAAGCGGCUGAGCUAUCGGUGUGGGAGUGGCUGGCAUACUCGCUGUGGAGUUCAUGUUCGGAAACAUCCGUUGAGGAGUUUGAUUCUGCUGUCGAUGCGGUCAUGCGCAACGGUUAUCCCUACCAAGUUGAUGGACAUUCUCCUGCAGCGUCGGUGUACGGAUAUAUUGAUGUCCAACCAGGAACGGCUUUGAUUCCAACAGCUCGUGGUGAUGCUACUCUCGAUUUCUCUCGUGAGUGGCGGUGUCGAGCACUCUUUGACCCCCUGGCGACGGGUAGCUAUGCUGACGUGGUCAUUCCUGGAUAUGGAGUGCGCAAGAUAGAUCUUUCGGUUGGAGUGAACACAUUCGUGGCUGAUACGUAG